AUGCCCUACCGCAACCCAGCGAGAUCCGGCUCCAGGCAAAUGUCGGUCGAUCCACACAACGAGCUCAAUCCCGAGAAGAACCACUACAUCGGCAUCGAUGUGGGCACCGGUUCUGCUCGGGCAUGUAUCAUGAACGACAAGGGCGACAUCGUCGGCCUGGCCAGCGAGAACAUUGGCCUGUGGCAGCCCGAGACUGGAUACUACGAACAAUCGACAACUAACAUUUGGCGAUGCAUCUGUUCGUCGAUCCAGCGAGCCAUGUCACAGCACAACAUCGACCCCAACAGCAUCCGCGGCAUUGGUUUCGACGCCACUUGCUCUCUCACCGUCUUCAGAGAGGACACCGACGAGCCCGUCUCCGUGACCGGCCCCAAGUUCGACAACGCCGACGGCAACGACCGGAACGUCAUCCUGUGGCUCGAUCACCGCCCAGUCGAGGAGACGAAGAAGAUCAACGCCACCAACCACAACCUCCUUCGAUAUGUGGGUGGCUCGAUGAGCAUUGAGAUGGAGAUUCCAAAGGUGCUGUGGCUCAAGAACAACAUGCCGAAAGAGCUAUUCGACAAGUGCAAGUUCUACGAUCUGGGAGAUGCCCUCACCCACAUGGCUACCGGCAGCGAGACGCGCAGCUUCUGCAGUGUCGUUUGCAAGCAGGGCUACGUUCCAGUCGGUGUCGAUGGCAGUGUCAAGGGCUGGCAAGAGGACUUCUUGACCGAGAUUGGUCUCAAAGACUUGUGUGAGGACAACUUCAAACGCAUGGGUGGCGUCGACGGGGUGAACGGCCGAUACCUCACCGCUGGUGAGCUCAUCGGUACGCUUUCAGAAAAGGCGGGCGCCGACAUGGGCCUUCCAGCCGGUAUUGCGGUUGGCAGCGCUGUCAUUGACGCAUACGCUGGCUGGAUUGGCACCGUCGGUGCAAAGGUGAACCUGUCGGGCGGUAGCAUCGACGCAGGCAAGCCCAAGAACGACGUCUCUCAAGCCUUCACCCGUCUGGCUGCUGUCGCAGGUACUUCGACUUGCCAUCUCGCCAUGUCCGAGAAGCCCGUCUUCGUUAACGGCGUUUGGGGUCCGUACCGUGAUGUGUUGAUCCCAGAUUACUGGCUUGCUGAAGGCGGUCAGUCCGCCACCGGUGAGUUGCUCAAGCACGUGGUCGAGACGCAUCCGGCGUUCCAGGAGGCCAUGUCCGUGGCGGAGACGUUCAACGCCAACAUUUACGACUACCUCAACGAGCACUUGACCGAGUUGCAGCAAAGGGCUGGAGCUCCAGCAAUCUCAUAUCUCGGCCGCCACUUCUUCUUCUACGGCGAUCUCUUCGGCAACCGCUCGCCAGUAGCCGAUCCAGACAUGAAGGGCUCCCUCAUCGGUCUGUCAAGCGACAAGAGCAUCGACGGCCUUGCACUGUACUACUACGGUACGAUGGAGUUCAUCGCUCUCCAGACCCACCAGAUCAUCGAGCAGAUGAACAACGCCGGCCACGUCAUCUCCAGCAUUUUCAUGUCUGGUUCUCAGUGCCAGAACCCCGUCCUCAUGUCUCUCAUGGCCACCGCCUGCAACAUGCCCGUCCUCAUCCCACGAUACGUCCACGCCGCCGUCGUCCACGGUGCAGCCAUGCUUGGCGCAAAGGCUGCAAGCACCGACAAGCAAGGCAAGAGUGAGCCACUGUGGGAUAUCAUGGACCGACUCAGCAAGGCUGGAAAGGCAGUUUAUCCAAACAAGGAUGAGGGCGAGAAGAAGCUGCUUGCAGCCAAGUACAAGGUGUUCCUGAAACAGUGUGAAGAGCAGAGACAGUACAGGAACGAGAUCGACGACGCCAUUACGGGCUGGAAGAGGUGA